AUGGCGCCCGCCGCGCCCGGUGGGUGCUGGCAACCGCAGUCUCCCGCCGCAGCUACCAGCACUGAUAGUCUCAGCGCCGCGGCCGCCGCCAGUUCCUCCAGCAGCAGCAGUUUGGCGGCAGGGGAACCAGAGGCGGCGAGCGUGUCACCGCGCACGAGUAACGCGGGAAGCGAGUCGGCGGGGUUUCUAUCCUCCCCUUCUCGGACCUUUGCCCCUCCCUUAGAGCCGCAAACCCUCGCGGGGAAAUGGCUCCUACGGCUGCUUGCCUCGGUUCCGGCUAUGGUACCAACUGCGGUUGAUGCCGAGUUGCGAAGACUGCAGGAGGAAGUGGCGAUUGGAGAAGGUGCUAACUAUUUUAGCGACCGAGCCGGUUUCGUCGACGAAUCCGUUUUCGCCGUUCUUGGGCGCGCAAACGGCGCGGCCGCAGGGCCACUGGAGCUAAUCCAGGGAGAAUCUAUAGACGAAGUUCGAUGGACGGAUGAGGCAAACUUGCUACAAAGCCGCAUCUGGCGCCUCCAACGCCGCGACCAACAUGACGAGCUUCAAGAGCUCCUAUACGCGUUAGUAGCGCUCCAAUUCGUUUCACAAGGCCACACGCCGCUUCUCCGCGCCUUGCCUUUAUUACCCGUGCUCCCGCCUUCUCCGUGGCAACGAAGUAACACCUACAGCCGGGAUAACACCAUCAGCCGCGCAACCAACGCUAACUCCAACAGCCGCGAUAGCCUCAGCGCUUCGACGGCAGUUUCUCGGGUUGCCGCUAACUCAUCUGUCCCUUUCUUGGCCAAUCAAUCAGCCGUCGCGACUCCCGCUGCUUCAGCCGCCGCCGCUUGCUGCACGGGCCUGCGUAAGAUGCUUUCGCCGACCGUCCGAGGAAUGGUUUCGCGACACCUGGCGAUGGUUAUGGCGAGCCAGCUGGAGCAAGCGCCACGUGGCGUUCCUACCAGCGGGAACGACGGAGACAGGAGUAGCGGCAACAGCGCGAAUAGCGGCGGCAUUAGAAGCACUAACGCAGGAAGCAGCGGCACGAACGGUGUAAGGAACGUCGGCGCAGUGGCACGGCCGUACGGUCCGGGGGUUCUAAAGAGCUCGCGACUGCGGCUAGGUCAAAUCUACGCAUCGUCGAUAACCUAUGGGUAUUUUCUCCGACAGGUGGACUUACGACUGGAACUCGAAGCGUGCUGGCAGCUGAACCAAGCGAGUCUCUUGGAAGGAAUGUUGCUGCUGGCUGGCGGGGAAAACCGCGAGCAGUUACAGCAGCAGCAGCAGCAGCAGGUAUCUGUCAAGCUAGCUUUAGAAAGGUCUAGCAGACCAACAGCGGGAGAGGCGGCGGAACCCCCGGGUUCCGCAGGAGCAGCUUCUUCCGUCCUAGCCUCCUCUUCGGGUGAAAUCCGGCGAGUGUUACCCGGUCGCGAACUGCCAAGCCAGGACGGACAGGUUACCGGGUCGCAGGUUAGGGAAAGUGCCGAGACUGUUAGGUCUAAAGUUGGAGCGGCCCAGAUUCAGCGGAAUUAUCUGGAGCGGUGCUGGAAUGGGGCUCGUGAUGGGACCGCGGGGGGCGCGGGAAACGCGGGAGGGGGAAUGCGGAAGGCGGACAUCGGCGCGUACUUGCGCAGGAUGGAUCCUGGUUUGGUUCGGCAAAUGAGCAAGAUCCACAGCAGGGAGUCACUUCGGGUGAUUGAAAGGCACACUGAAGCGCUGUUCGGCCCGCCGGUUUGGGAAGAAGGAGCUGACGGUUCCCUGGCAGUGCGUGAUGAGGUGGUGUGGCUGACUGCGGGCGGCGUUGAGCGACUGGCGGAGCUGAUCAGGAUUACUGAAAGGGGGUUUGGCGGAGUGAUCGUGCGCACGCGCGGCUGCGCCAGCUGUUGCGUAAGCGGGGACUGGCGGAGAAGUGUCCGCGGAGGUGAUCAGCGGGAGCUAUCGCCGGGAGGGGCGGAGCAGGCGCGAAUGCAAGCGGAUUCCGCGGAGGAAUUGGCGCGCUUAGGGGGGAAUGGAGAAGGCGGAGGGUUUCCAAUCACCUUAGGAGUGCGUGCAUGGCCGGAAUGGAACCAAGGGGCUCUGUUCGUGGAUAAGAUACAAAGGGGCACAGCACAAGCCCACACGUCUGUGCUAGACUUCUACUGCAACCGCUACCCUCAUUCUGCCUCCCCGCAAGGGUGGCUGGAUCGCAUUGGCAACGGUCAGGUCACACUCAACGGCACACGCGUUACUGACCCUGCCACCCCACUCAGCCCAUCGGACUGUCUCUGCUACCACCGCACGCCAUGGCAGGAGCCCCCUGCGCCGUGCCACUUCACUGCUCUCUAUCAGGAUGCACACGUGCUGGUGCUAUCAAAGCCCAGCGGGCUGCAGGUGCUGAGAGGAGCGCCAUUCCACCAGCGCACUCUGCUCUCUCUGCUCGCGCUGCAUGCACGCAACCGACUGGUACCAGUGCCGCUGCCGGCAACAGAUGUAGAGGCAGCAGAGGCAGCAGCGGAAGCAGCGGAAGCAGAAGGGACGGCAACAGACAGAGUGCCGAGUGCCACUGAAGGGGUAGCAGCAGUGCUGCAGAGUGCAGAGUCGAAUGGUGCACGCGCAGCAGACAGUGCCAGUGCAAGCGCGCUGAGUGUCGCUUCGAAAGCAGGCGACGAGGAGCAGCCGCAGCAGCAGCACGGAGGACGCCAGCAGCAGCAAGAGUGCGGGAUAGACUGGGCACGAGACACAAUGGAGCCCGUGCACGGAAUGGCUUCUCCUGCUCACAGGAUAGGACGCGGCACAUCAGGUCUUCUAAUCUGUGGCAUCAGCGCUACAGGCAAGGCUAAACUGGCGGCUGACUUUGCUUCUGCCACCACCCGUGGUGAUGCUGCUGCUCAUCCCUCCCACCGUAAGGGACCCGAGCGGAGAAAAGGCAGGAACACCAGCAGCAGCAGCAGCAGCAGCGGCGGCGGCGGCGGCGGUGACGCCGGUGACGGCAGCGAAAACGGCAGCAGCACGAGCAGCAGCAGCAGCAGCAGCGGCAACGACAGCAGCAGCAGCGGUAGCGGAGGCAGCAGUAGUGCGGAUAUUGACAGCUGCCCCCGCAUUGUCAAGUUUUACAGGGCUCUCGUGCAGGGGGUGGUGGUGCCCGAUGAGCAAGCAGUGCGGGUGCCCAUUGGUCGAGUGCGGUACGGCGCGGUGGUAGGAGGGCUUUACAUGGCGUCCCCAACAGGCAAACCAGCAGUGAGUGUGCUGAGUGUGCUGCAUCGGCAUGUGCACGCCAACCAAACCUUGCUCGAGGUACCCAACUUCCCUCAUGCUUUCCGUGUCAACCCAGAAAUUGUCAAGUUCUGGUGCGCAUAUUCUCUGGUCGCGCCCAUCAGAUCCGUAUUCACUGUGCCGCCGUCGGCCAUCCCCUUGUUGGUGGGUGGGUGGGCUGGUAGGUGGGUUGGUGGGUCGGUGCUGUGGUGGGAUGGUGGGUCGGUGGGGUGGUGGGGUGGGUGA